AUGGAGACAGUUGGCGGGACCAAGCGUCCAAUCGUACGGAACUAUGACAAGUGUGACGGGUGUCGGCAGAAGAGAAUCAAGUGCCUGCCCGAGGACCGCGAUUUUUCCAAAGGGGAGCGAUGCCUUGCCUGCGAGAAAAGAAAUGAGUCGUGCGGACCCAAUAAGCGUGCAACUAGGCCGUCACUCUCCCGCAGCCCUCAGCUCGAUGGCAGCUUCAAACCAGCAUAUCGCACACUUGUCCCUUCAAUCUCGCCAAACGUGUCUCCUCUCGAGAGAUAUUCAGAUCAGACAGACUCGCCGAAUCAACAUGACAUCUCUUCUCCUACAAGCAGGGCAAGGUCGAGUGUCUUCGGAUCCCUUCCGAGUGCGAACAGCUUCUCGAGUCCGCCAACGACAUCAACUCCCUCGACUCGUCCCUUCCCUUCCCCGACACUCAAUGAGAGCAUUAGAUCAAGCUUUGUCCAGCUCGGAGAGCUUCGCAUCCUUUUUAAAUGUUUCCAAGAUAGACGACAAGCUGUUAUUGAUCUCGUCUUGAGGAACGCCAAUACCGAUUCCAGUCGAAAGGUCAAGACCGCUUUGGACUUCAUCGCACACUGCAUAAAGCGAGAGUAUGGUGGUGUGCUAGGGCGUGUGCUUGGAGACCUCGAAGACUUGGAACCAUGCCAGACCGAGCUCUGGCUCGUUCGAGCUCUACAAGCCAUCGAAAACCUGACGGAUAUCACCAGAAGGCCAAGUUUUUUGGGGGACCCAGGUGAUGAUCCAAUACUCAAGAUGCACUCCGAGAUUUUGAACAAAUUGAUAUCCAUUCAUAAAGCUCAUGGGGAUCUGCCAGAAGCCGAGCGUCUCUUGGGUCAAUUGGCUGCUCUGCCAGGUGGAACAACAGUGCGUGCCGACCCUAAAAUAUCCGAACGUCUGGCCGAGUCACUCUUAAUGACCUCGGAUCGAAGCCGAGAGGUGUUUGGGAACCUAAAAAUACCCAAGGAAUAUACAGGUUCAUUACACUUCAAUGAAACGGGCCCAUUUCCACCUACUCACAGGGCUGUGCUCGAUCAUAUGCCUGAUGUCAUUCGUCACCUUUGCAAAACUCCACAACGCGUUCUAAAUGAGACCGAUAUUCUAAGGCGCAAUAUUGUCCACAUCGCCGCUGAGACGGCGAAUCUAGGCCUUUUAGACCUGAUCACUCAUCAAAGGCAACCACUCCUGAAAAGUCGCGAUCUCUAUCAGAAGACGCCGCUGUCCGUUGCAGCUUACUGCGGUCACCUUGGUUUCUUCGAACGCUUAGUGAACGACGGGGCAAACUUAGAAACAAGAAACGAGGACGGACGAACUCCACUUUGCAUUGCUAGUGGGGCAGGUCACCUCUCCAUUGUUGAAUUCCUUUUGGCGCGAGGCAUAUCACCUAACGACGACACACUACAAUGCUGGUCGCCGCUUCACGCUGCUGCUCAGGGAGGCCAUUACGAUAUUUGCAAGGCUCUUCUUGAACAUGGUGCUUGGGCCGAUUGGCUAUCGGAUUUCAGGACUGCUGCUCAAGUGUCGACCAAGAGCUGCGACCUCCGAAUAACCACGAUGCUCAAGGAGGCCGAGCAACACCCUAGAAACCAAUUUCCUCGACGCGAUAUCCGAGACAGUCUAUGCUGA